AUGGAUCCAUUCGAUACACUCCCGGUGAAAAUGCCACCAAAGUCUCGAGAAUUAUACAAUUACUUCUACCAAACCGGGGCAGCAUUUGCAGCGGCUCCGCGAAACCCGAAAGAUGACUGCGUUGCUCUAGCCAUUCUCGAUGAACACGCUCUGAGAAGCACCAUCUUGAUAGCCAGCGUGCACUACUCGUGGAACACGGGCAAUCUACAGGCCUACGAGCCCGUCUAUCUUCUCCACAAGGUUGAGAGCAUACGCCUCAUCAACACCUGGCUUGCAACUUACGACUCCGAGAGAUUUGUCGUUUGUGUGAGACAGAUUUUGACAAUAUGCCUAGCGGAGGCCUGUCUGGCUAACCUUGCAGUGGCAGAGACGCACCUUGAUGGGGUGAUGGCACUUUUUGAUACACACGAUGCAAUGACGGGCACCGCUGGCGAUAUCGUUGGCGACCUAGACGGCGAGCUCGCUGAUCACUACCUUCUUCUGACCUCAUGUUUCGUUCUCGCCCUCAAGAGCCGCCUCGACGACUUCAUCAUGUUCCGCGCAACCAAGGGACUCCACUCGGAUCACAAUGACGACUCAUCGCCCGACCAGGCCGUCAAGCACUACCAAGAAUGGCACGGAAUGGAGUAUGCUGGCCUUGAUAAGAGGCUGAGAGCCAUGCGUCUGUUCCCCUAUUUUUUCAGCCCACCUCCGACGAACAUUCCGCGGAGCAAAACAGUCGUGGUCGACGCGCCUCCAAUCAUCGAGUGUCUUGCAUCCACCACGGACUCCCUGGAUCAAGUUCGAGCGAACCUGACUUCGGAGCACAUGCACCGCGUGUGGAAUGAUGGUGGGCCGACGAGAUUGCUUCUCGUCCUUGUUACUUCCCACGUAUCGUGUUUUCUCGCGGACGACGAGCCAAAGAAGAAUGCAAGCGGGUACCCGGGCAAGAGCGGGCAUCGUGAUAAAACAUCCUGGGGCGGCAUUACUGCAGCGGCGGAAUUAUACAUGCACAGCGUGCUGGGCAUUAUGAACUCGGGGGCGCCAAUCGAGUGUCGGCUCCUCUAUCGCGUUCUAAGUAUCCUUCAAAGGGAUGUUGAGGAUACAAAACACGAUACCCUCAGCUACAAGCAUGGAUCACUGUCGAAGUCUCUCUGGUUUUGGAAAGUCUUCACAGGAAUUAUGGCCAUCGCUCGGAGCCAGCACGCGGAUGAGCUGGUCACCCGCCGCACAACCCGUCCGGACCCGCGCGUCAGAUGCUCGUGCCUGUGCCAGGAGAGGUUAUACGGGGUCUAUACGGGGCUUCGAAACUGUGCACGGUCUUGGAGUGUGGUUUCGGGGAUGACGAGGUGGGAAGAUGUAGAACCUAUCUUGACAGAGAUAGCCUGGCCGCGUGUUUUACCUCGGGAGGAUAGGGAGUUUGCAGCUGAUACAUGGGCUCGGGUAUAUCUAUAA